AUGGCAGAAGAAGGAUCCAAGGAGGACGAAACAAGAGAGUUGUCCGUGAAAGAAGAGUAUCAGCUAUGGAGAAAGAACUGCAGGUACAUGUACGAGUUUGUCAGCGAGACGGCGAUGACAUGGCCGUCGCUAACCAUCCAGUGGCUUCCGAACCACAGUGUGGAAGACGGGUUGAUCAACACCAGGCUCUUGCUUGGGACCCACACCUCGGGAAACGAUACCAAUUACCUUAAAGUCGCAGAUACGCAAAUCUCGCAGGACGGGUCCAAGAAGGCCUAUUCUAGAAUAAAAAUCGCCAAAAAGUUUGAAAACAACCAGGAGAUAUGUCGAGCUAGAUACAUGCCCCAGGACCCCAAUUUGGUUGGAACAAUCAACGGGUCUGGAGAGGUGGACUUGUAUAAGCUAGAUAGCGAUACGAACGGCAGCAUCUCGAGUUUCCAGCCACAUUCGGAAAACGGGUAUGGGCUAGCAUGGAGUCCCAUGGAAAAGGGGCUCUUGCUCACGGCAGCCGAUGACAAAUUUGUUUGCGUUAGUGAUACCAACAGCUCGGGCAAUGCGCUCAUAUUUAAGAGCUCGGAGCAGGCAGAUAUCGUGAACGAUGCAAAGUGGCAUUUCUUUGACCAGAACCUUUUUGCAUCGGUUUCUGAGGACGACUACACCUUGCUAUAUGAUUUGAGAACCAAGGAGGUGGUCUCCAAAUAUUUGGCCAACAAUGCAAAGGGGGUCAACUCCCUAGCUUUUUCGCCCUUUUCGCACAACUUGUUGGCUAUUGGUGCUUCAAACUCCAACAUUAGUUUACUUGACUUGCGAAAGUUGAACAGCAAGGGAACUGGCGGGUCGGUGCAUACAAUGAUGGGCCACACAGAGGGCAUCACAUGCAUGGAAUUCUCGCCACACAAAGAUGGUAUAUUAGCCUCCGGUAGUCAAGAUAGACGGGUGAUCUUGUGGGAUUUAUUCAAAAUAGGCGAAGAGCAACAACAAGACGAUGCAGAAGAUGGGUGUCCCGAGUUGUUUAUGAUGCACGCUGGCCACACAGCAGGUGUCACAGACUUGUCGUGGUGUCCUUUCAAACCGUGGACAAUUGGAUCUGUUGCUGAUGACAACAUUGUGCAUCUCUGGCAAAUCAGUAAAACAAUAAUUAACGAUGACGAAUGGGAAGACGAAAUCGAUGAAACUAUGCUUGAAUAG